AUGUCUCACCAUCCGUCCAAGUAUUCUUGGCCCGCUCUCUACUUUGGCGCUGGUGCCGUGGAUGCCCAGGAACCCCCUGGUCUGUCCCCCAUUUGA